CUAUUCAAGUCACCCGAGACGUUCCAACUAGGCCUGCUACUGCACGACUCGCGGUGGACAUCUCUGCACCCUGUCUCGUGUCUUCCACCAAUGCUGCCUUGGACCCUUGUUAUUUCGAAAACUAUACUCCCCAUCAACUUCAUUCUUCGGUCCAGGUGUCCCCCAUUGCAGACCUUUUCGGGGUGGAUCUUUCUAAUACUUCCAGCGACACAAAACGGGGAGUCAAUACAGCGUCUAUCGAAGAUGGCCCACAGCACCUUCAUGCGGUAUACCAACUUUCAUAGGCUUCUCAAACUGUGGCUCACUCUACUUGUUCAGUUCACAUCUUCAAUGGAACACAGCCAGUCGUUUCCAAGCUUUCACACUAGGAUUGGAGAAUUCCAGUAUAUUCCAGACAUGGAGUCAUUCUACACUUCUGAUUCUGCAGACUCUGAACACCAUCCCUAUGUUCUCUCAAUGCCGACCAUUCCGAGGAUCGCGCUCGAGGACUUCUCUGAUGACAGUAUCACGUCCGUUAAGAAAACACACGACUUCAAUAUUACGGCUGUCGGUGCUUCUGUCCGGCAAGGAGAUUUUUUGCAACUGCCCGAUGGAUCUUGGCCAUACGUCUCGCCUUCUCGAUCAUCGCCUUCUCCACAGGGAACUCGCCGUCGUGCUGUCGAUGUCGUCAAGUACACUGAUGCUCUCUCUGCUCCCGCUUGUCGGCUACCUGCCUUCGAGGUGGCGCACGAAUAUUCUCCAGAACCCAGAAAUGAGAUCGAAGAUGAGACCGAGGGAUCCAAUAUUCUUCUAGAAUUCAUUGAAGAUGUCAGUCGAUGCCAGCCCUCUGUACUCACUUCACACUCGGACGGGGUCCUCGUGAAAUCAUUCCCUAUGUACCCAGGUCUGGAACCCUCUGUUACCGUUCACUUCCACGGUAAACAUCGUCGCUCCCGAGCAGCCUCCUAUCAGAUCACUCCUGGGGCGCUGACCGAGCGUGGCGACCUCAUCGAGAUCCAACCAUUCUCCGGGAGCCCAAAAGACGCGCGAUGGGCACCCAAGAACGGUAUGAUGGUCAUCAAAGUCUACAUCCCCUCCACCGACGACAUCUGGGCUACAUACGUCCCAACCAGUGUCACCCUCUCUACGUUCACGUGUAUAUGGCUAUCCAAGCUAAGCCUUCACCUUCGAUUCAGCGGGAGUGUGUUGGACACACCGGAGUACUACUUCGAUAGUGACGAGGUGUUUCAACACUGGGUAAACCGCCGGAUCCGGCAUGGUCGCAACCUUCCCAUCGUUGGUCACUUGGACUACGCGGUCCCUUCGUUCCCCCUCUUACCGCAGGAAGCUUAGGUCCCAUUCUUUCCCUCUGGACAUCCAAGUCUCAUUGCUGACGUUCUAUUUCCAUCGCUCACGUAUUUUAAACUCUGGUCGGUGCUUAUUGAUUCGUUGUUUUUGUUGAAUGUGCCUGUCAUAUCCUCCUUC